AUGGAAAGUGAAUUUGUAAAUGAAGAAAGGAGAAGGCGAGCAAUUGGGAAAGUUCCCAUACAGCUUCGAUCAUUUUUUGAAGAGUGCUUAUUUGAACCUCUUCCAAAGCCUGAAUUUGGAGAUUGGCUUUACCACAAUCAAGAAAAAGGGCAAACUUUUGAAGACUUCAAAAAAGUAUCGAGAAAGCCUAUCAGCAGCAAAAAUAAAAUUUAUGUUCAAACGCUUGAUUCUAUACCAAGAGAAAUGACUGAUUAUCUCAAAAGCUACUGUGAAGCAUUCUUUAUAGGAGCAAGAGUGGUCUUUUUGCCAAUGAAACCUUUAGCAGAAAUGAAAAUUAAAUCAAGAUAUAAUGAUGGAACUCUACAAUAUAAUGCUAUUCAUAUAAUCAAUAAACUUGUACUCCCAAAAGAUGCUCACUGUAUUAUAGGGAUUACAAAUAUAGAUAUUUAUCACAAAGAAUCGUGAAACUAUGUUUUUGGGCUUGCAUCUGGAAGAGUCGGAGUAUUUUCUUUUGCUAGAUUCUAUGAUGAGGAAUCACCAAAUGAUCAAGCCAGCGAAUUUCUUUGAUACAGAGCUGGCCGGACUAUGACUCAUGAAAUUUUCCAUAUGUUUGGAGUUAAGCAUUGCAUUUUCUAUAAAUGCAUUAUGAAUGGCUCAAAUAGUUUAGAAGAAUCAGCAAAAAAGCCUGGAAGUCUUUGCCCUGUUUGCUUACAAAAACUUAAAUAUUCGUUAGAUUUUGAUAUUCUUGAGCGAUAUCGAAGGCUAGAGGCCAUAACCAAUAGACCAAGCCAAUGCUUUCAAAGAGACAAUAGAUUUUAUCAAUUGAAUAUUGAUCGUUUGCAGCAAGAGUGAAUUUAA